GGAGAGAGGUGGGUGGGGCGAACUGUUGCGCGCUAGGCUGUGUCGUUGCUCGCUUUGAGGCACCUGAUUUGGUCGUCAGGUGGGAAUGCGCUUGCGCGAGUGAGAGACCAGGCGGUUCCCGGAAUCCUGCAACUGAGAGAAGUUGACGGGGCCGUAGAGACCCUCUGUAGGGGGAGGGGAGAUGGCCGUGCUGUGGUGGCAGCAGCAGCGGCUCUGGGCUCUCUCCCUGCCGUGCUUCUUCUUAAUAUGGUACCCCCCAGUGACGGGAAUGGAGUCCACCGUGUCGCCAUCGCCAACUCCCGCUAUGCCAUGUGCUGCUUUUACCCAAAAGACUUGUGAAGAAUGUGUUAAAAAUACUAAAUGUCUUUGGUGCAGCAAAAAUUCUACUUGUAUGGACUAUCCUGUGAGGAAGCUCAUUCCACCAUCCUCACUGUGUAAACUCACAGAGGCUCACUGGGCAAUUUGCUGGGUCAACUUUGAGGCUGUGAUCAUCAGCAUAGGCGUUGUAGCAGGCUUCCUCCUCUUGCUUAUAGUAUGCUGCUGCUGCUACUGCUGCCACAGACGUCGUCCUAGGGGGAGACUAGCUGAAGAAGAAGAAGAAAGAUUUAUCAAAGAUCGGGAAGAAAAAAGAAUGCAAUCACUUCAGCGGAAACAUGAAAGAAAAGUGAAGCAUGAUGAAAUACGCAAGAAAUAUGGUCUCCUCCAGGAUUCUGACCAUCCAUACAGCAGAUAUGAGAAUGAAUGAAAAUGGAUGCUGCUGUACCUUCUUAAAGAAGGCAAAAAAGUCAAGAUCAUUUUCUGGUUCUGUUUUCAGAUCACCAAAAAUGUAUAUAAAUGCUUAAUAGAAAAUGGUGUUCCCUUUUCCUUUUGAAAGCAGCGUUCUUGUAUUUGUGUCUGUAAUUUUUCAUAAUAUGGCAUGCAUCCGUUCUUUUCUAGAGCUCUUAUUUAAUGGAAUAUGAGUUGAGUACAGAAAUAACAAUCAUGUCAUUUCCUCUAACACUCUAGCCUUUAUAAAACAAAGAUAUCAACGCCUUUUCCACAUAUUGCUAAAAAAAGACUUUCUUUAAAUCUGUGUCAAGAAAGUGUUGCCAAGUAUUUGACACUACAGACAUGUGGUAUCAAGUGAUGACAAAUAAUUACAGCCUAUACUACUUUCAAAACUGUUAAUAGAUUGUAUGGGGCAUGAGUGAGAGAAAAUGGUGUGAGGUGGCCACUUGGCUGAAGUGACCAUAGCUGGAUGACUCUUGUUACUGCUAAGCAAGUUGGUACUUUCCUGCACUGUCCUAACCUCCUGAAUAUGGCCACUGAAUGGAUGCCAACAUGUCCCUGCCUCUAGCCAUUCUAUGAUUAUCCUCCAAUCCAAUUGGGCCUGUUCUGGCACACAUCCCCUCCCACUGUAGCUUGUAGCUUCACUGCAGUUUGAGCAGACAAAACCAUUGCUGGUCAGGCAGAAGGGUGUGGUGGGAGAGUGCAGAUGGCAGGGGCACUUUCAUUGUUAUGCCCAGUGUUCUGGAUUGUGAUUAUUAUAGACUAACAUCUUAAUGACUACUUAUAUUCAACAAUACCUGAUGGGCAUGCUACAUUUUUCUAUGAUAUGUAGAAAACUAUUAAAUUUUUCUAAUGUA